UGCCGCCGCUGGCUGCCCGGUCACACCGCCGCUGUCGCCCGCCGGAGCCGCGCCAUGCACGGCUCGCCCUGCCCGGAGAUGCGAGAUGCGUCCGCGGUUGACAUUGUGGACAUCUAUGAGUCUAUCCGUGAAAGGCAGCGUCAUGACAGCGAAAGGUCUACCUGCAGCACCUUGGAGCAGAACGACAUUGAAGCUGUUGAAGCACUUGUUUGUAUGAGCUCCUGGGGUCAAAGAUCACAGAAAGGUGACAUGUUAAAGAUAAGGCCACUUACGCCCUUCUCGGAUUCGGGUGAUUUCACAAUGCACACUGAGGCUACAUCUGAAUUACCAAAGGACUAUUUAUCUACACUGUGCAUGACCCCUCCGCACAGCCCUGACUUUGUUGAGAUAUCAGCUGCUAUGCUUCUCUCCUCACAAGUCACUUACUCCAAACCAAGGACUGUCAUGGCAAAUACAGCUGCCUGCUCAGUCACAUCAGCGGCCGGUGCCUCUCCCAUAACCAAGCCCGUGAUAUCUGAAUCCUUUGCCUCUCAGCCUUGCAGGGCCAUGGCAACAAGUGUGAUACGUCACACAGGUGAUAGUUCUGCUUGCCAUCACAUUCCUGCUGUGCAAGAGAAAACAAAGGUAACUUCAGGCCACAGCACUUCCAGAGACUGGUGUGGAGCAGAUGACCGAAGACAUUCCAGACCGCCACAGGACACGUGUGCUGCAGAUGAUUUAGUUAACAAAACCUCUCCAGUACAUCGGCCUUAUGCACAUGACUCCAGUGACAUUGUGACCAACAAAGGACAACUGCCAGUCCGGCCUGCUUCGCCGCAGACCCACUUACCAAAGAAUUGUGAGAAUGACUUGCAAAAAAGAGCUACCCCAGUGACACCCACCCCAGUGACACCCACUCCUGUUUCAAGCCCCCAGGUUCUCUGUCAAAUGAUCCCUUUAAAUGGACAAAGCAGCAUGAUCAAUGCCUAUGUCAAGCCUUCAACUCCAGCUGUCUCAACUCCUGUGAAACCUAUAUUACCGCAGACAGUCCCGCUCUCUCAGCCUGUACUCAUGGGACCUUCUGUGCCUCAGGGGACUGUCAUGUUUGUCCUUCCACAGACUGCUGUCACACAGACACCGCAGUGCCCACAAACAGUAAUGACUGUUGGGAACACCAAGUUACUGCCCCUUGCUCCUGCUCCCGUAUUCAUUGCUUCUGGUCAAAGCUGCACCCCCCAAGUGGACUUUUCUAGACGGAGGAAUUAUGUUUGCAACUUCCCGGGGUGCAAGAAAACCUAUUUCAAAAGUUCCCACCUCAAAGCCCACCUUCGCACCCACACCGGAGAAAAGCCUUUCAGCUGCAACUGGGAAGGCUGUGACAAGAAGUUUGCGCGCUCAGAUGAACUGUCACGCCACCGCAGGACUCACACGGGAGAGAAGAAGUUUGCUUGUCCCGUGUGUGAGCGUCGCUUCAUGCGCAGCGAUCACUUGACGAAGCACACCCGCCGCCACAUGACCACGAAGAAGGUCCCCAGCUGGCAGACAGAGGUUGGCAAACUCAACAGAAUUGCCUCAGCAGAGAAACCGAAAGGCAGCAAUGCUCUGAGUAUGCUCAUCCCUGUGCCAUCGUCAGUCUGUCAAGGCUAGCGAGAGAAACCUUCUCUACAAACUUUCUGAAAAUCAGGAAGAGCUCUCAUGUCUACAACAGAGCCAAUAAUGGCUUUUUUCUCCCAUGUUUGUGCAUACUUUAGUUUCCUUUAGGUCCUCUGUUAAUGCUGUGUGAAAAAUCUAUAGUACCUUUCUUUGUCCCUUCCCUAUUUGUUUUUUUCAAUACUUGGGCAAAUGCAAUCACCAGCACUUCAGGAAAACAGAACUCUUUGGAAAUUACUUUGGCAAUAGAUUUAAAAAGUCACUUGUAAUGCUUGCUGUUAAUAUUUUGAUGAACAGUAAAACAGGGUGAUUUUUAAUUUUUAUACUAGUAUUUUCUAUACCAAAUAUAUUUUGUAUUUAUUCAUUUUGGUCUUGGUAUGCAGGUAAAUUACUUGACCUGCAUUAGUAGGGGCAUGCAGGAUGAGACCCAGAGUUUUGUAACUUUUCAGUAACCCUCUAGAAUUGCAUUCAGAGUGUUUUGUAAACAGAUAAUAUUUGAUAACUCAUAGUGGUUGGGAUUUUGACACUUGAAGAUUACUGGUGCUGUUAUACCCUCCUUAUGCAGGUGGCAUUGGAGGUUUGAGAUCUAAGUGUAUCAUCAGCUUUGAAACAAACUGAACUAGAAUUACUUUCAGAUGAAAAGUUUUGAAAACCUCAACAUUUUAUAAAUUCAUACCCUUUGCAAGUGGAAGAAGUCCUUGUGACUUCUGGUACAAGUUUGACAUUCUGGGCAUUCCUGAGUCCACACUCCACUGGAGCAACGUUUGGUGGAGCCAGACUGCUCUGAUGGAGGUAGAAGCACAAACACUAUUUAGAAGCUUUGACACUAAAAAUUUUGCUUUACUUUCAGUUCUACUAAACCAGCAUAUAAAAAUCUACAGAAAAUGCAAAAAUGGCAAGAUAACCCAUGAAUAAUUAGCUGGGUCUCUGUUUAUGUAAUUUUUUUUUUUUAGUACAGGAGAAACAGAAAAUUAAGGGGGUUUUUAUGUAUCAUGGUUGCUUGUGCACCUUUAAAGAAAAUAGUUCAAGGCUUUCAUUUACCUGUAUCAAAGCACCAGAGGAGGAAGUAUUAAUCAUGUCUUGACUUGAGAAAUAGCCACCGUGUCAACUUGAUGAUGCUCUUCAUGUGGCCUUAUACUUCUCCACAAUACUUUGUAUAAAAUCACCCUUUUCUAUUAAAAGAGAUACUCUCCCUCUUGAAUGGAUUUUCUUUUACACAGAGUGCAAAUUUGGCUAAAAAGUGGCAUCACUGGCUGCAGGAGUGCUGUGUUGCAAUGGCAUGGUACGAGUAAUAAAGCAAAACGUCUGUAGCACCCUCAGACUGCUCGGUUUCCGUGGUGCGGAAGGAUGUGCACGUGUAUUGUAGCAGAGCUGACAGUAGGGCUGUUGUGCUGUGAAGCACCAGGUGUUGCUUUUCUGGGAAACAGCUUACCUGCUGGAUGAAAUAUUCCUGCACUGUUUACUCCUUCUGGACUCCUCCCUUCAGCCGCUUCUAUGUUGAAGCUUAGUUGAGCACUGAGGAGGACUUUUUUUUUUUUUUCCCUGGAUGUGUAAAAUUAGGAUAAUUAGGAAUGCGCUGUCUUGUAUUACUAUGUUGUUCUAAAAUCCCAGUCUUGCUUCUUGGUGUGAGAAACACACAGUUCUCAUCUAUGUAAGUGCAGGCUUGCUGAUCUCAGCUAGCACUCCACUGAAAUCAGCAGAGACCUCUUUCAGUUGAAAGCAGAACACAUCAUUAUUUUUUACACUGAAGUCUAUGGGUAUAAUUAAGGGUAACAAGUUUUCAAACUGCACUAAAUUGGAGGAUUACGUGAAGUGCUCUAAAGUUUUUGUGCCUGACCUUCAAAGUGUCCACACGCUGUUGGCUGCCCUCUCGCUGCAGUCCCAGUGAUCACCUGUAUGUGCUGGUGAGUGUGCGUAGGCCUCGCUUUGUGCCCUCCAAAGGGCUCAUUUGAAACCCUUCUUCCCAGUGAAGUGGAUGCUUUUAGUGUCACUGUUCUGUGUCAAUACUCAGUUUUCUGAAUUCACGUGGUGAAGAAAGAGACAUUGCUGUUUUUUUUUCCUUUUUGUUUUUCCACUGGUAAGUCCCUUAGAACAAGAAGUUUGACUUUUGGAUGCCAUUUUAGCAUGCUUGUAACUGGAGGAAGAGCAUCCUGUCUCAGCCCAGUAGCCAAUUCAGUAUGUAACUUUUUAAUGACAUUGAUGGUGCUUACCUGAGCAAAACAGUUUGGAAACUCGUGUCAUAAUUUAAUAAGGUGUCAUGUUAGAUUGUUGCAUUGAAGGGGGGAAAUGAUGGACUGGAGAAUAUGGAAUUAAAAAAAAGUGUGGGGUGUGUGUGUGUGUCAUGAUGCAGAAAAGUGACAGCUCCCUCCUGGUUAGGUUUACCUGGCCUGUGACACCUCGCAGCCCUCUCCUGCAAGGUGUGUGCUGCCUCCCAGCACCUGUGUAUCUGAUGUGUGACUUCCUCCUGUGGAUGUGCAUGACUAGCUCAGCCACAGUGUGGCUGCCUCUGCUCUGUUUGCACUUUCUAUUCCUUCCUGCUGUUUAAGGAUUAUUAAUGGAUUAAGCAUGGGAUAACUGCUCUCUGCACUUUAGUGCCUGAACUCUAUUGUUCAGUCUUUUUAUUUUGAGCCUAUAUUUUAAAGAAAUGGAAUCGCACUUUUGUACCUGUUUUUAACUUUUAUUAAAUAAAAAGUGUGUAAUGUGACUGGUUUUAAAUUGUAAACCAAUGGUGAAGUUUCAGGUUGCAUACACGUCCAUUCCAGAACUUAUGUAAAUCCACCUGGAUUAGAUUAUAUAUUUAGGCCAGCUGAAGACUUUGGGGCUCUCUAGUUCACUUACCUGUAAAGGCAGGACUUUUGGGGUCCAGUUGUAAAUUGACCAGUGCUUGUCCAUUUAUAAUUUUACACAAUGCUUCUUCUGUAUUUGCUAGAAUGCGUAUACCACCUCCAGGGUUUGGGGUUCUUGCAUGCUGUCUGAAAAAAAGAGUCUUGGGGUUCAUAACUGUUUCUAGCAUGGCCUCCAGAAGCUAUCCACAAAAGGUGGUGGUCCAAGUGCUGCUCUGUUGGUGUUGCAAGCUGUGCAUGGCAUGAAUGCUGGAAAUAAAGAAGAAAUGAGAAUUUGACUCAAAA